AUGGCGCCUCACGCUGAGGAACCUACCUUGUUGGACUAUCAGCCAUACUCGGCCGGUCCACUGAAGACUAAGGCCCCGGAUACAGCGCCUUCGUUAGACCAGGAGUCUUCACCCAGUACUGCCAGGGUCGAAACCAAGCUAUCAGAGACAUACGAGCCAGGUCAUGUACAGCCAGACGGUCAUGAAUUUUAUCCAUACGAUUCCCUUCGUCCACGCUUCCCUGAUAUCCAUUGGGAUGCGCUGAAGGAUAUCCCUUAUGAAGACAAAGGCCUCCGUGGAGAUCCGCGGUUCCGGAAUCUUCUUGACGCUGCCGAAGAUGUGUUUGACUACAUCCCAAAGAUAGGCACGGAGAUCACUGGCAUCAAGCUGACCCAGCUCACCGAUGCGCAAAAGUGUGAUCUGGCCCGGCUUGUCGCAACGCGUGGGGUCGUCUUCUUCCGUAACCAGGAAGAUUUCGACAUCGAGGCCCAAAGGGAGCUGGGAAAGUUCUUCGGCACGCUCCACAGACACGCUACGACUUCGGUGCCCGAGAAGGAAGGGCUUGAAGAUGUCCAUGUUAUCUACACGACAGAGCAAUCGUUGGACCAACGUGCUCUCUUUACGCCGACGUAUCUGUGGCACUCGGAUGUAAGCUAUGAAGUUCAACCUCCGUCAUAUACCUCUCUCAAAGUAUUGAGCGGUCCACCACGAGGUGGCGGAGGCGACACGCUCUGGUGCUCGCAGUAUGCCAUCUACGAUGUUCUGUCAGCACCCAUGCAGAAAUAUCUCGAAAGCCUGACAGCGCUCCAUUCGGCAGAGGAGCAAGCCCAAGGAUCUCGUGCAGCUGGGAGACCCGUCCGGCGCGAACCCGUCACUACCGAACACCCCUUGAUCCGUGUCAACCCAGUCACAGGGUGGAAGUGCCUAUUUUUCAAUCCAGGCUUCGUCAAAAAGAUUGUCGGUGUCCCCAGGGCCGAGAGCGACGCCAUCAUUCGAUACCUCAACGAACUCAUCACAACGACCCAAGAGGCGCACGUGCGUCUUCAAUGGGGAAAGCACGAUGUCGCCAUCUGGGACAACCGGUGCACAAUUCACAGCGCCACGUUCGGCUUCCAACCGCAUCGACGACAUGGCGUGCGGGUUACCGUGACUGGGGAGAAGCCAUACUUUGAUCCUGUCGGAAAGUCCCAGGAGGAAGAGUACAAUAAGAAAUGGGGCCUGCCACAGCCCAAUAAGGAUGGGUCGGGAAGAUCAAACUACAACGACUAA